GUUUUUUUUUUUUUCUCGCAUUGACGGAAGCAGCGCCCCGUCGAGUUGGUUGUCAACUGUGCGUUCAGACGUGUCAGGGAAAUAUUUCCGCUUUCGUUUUGUGAAAUUAUCUCUCUCAUAUUAAGCGGGCGUGUACAGAGGUAGCACUAUGUCCGCCCUACCACCAUCCUGUUGGACUAAACUCCAGCUGAGACCACAGAAGGUGAGGGCACUUCUUCUUAAGAGUGCCUGUGUCUGUCCAAACCAACACUACAGGCGCUGCAGCUCUGGACAGCAGAGGAGGAGGGUUGUCAUCACUGGCAUUGGGUUGGUUUGCCCUCUGGGGACAGGGACCGCUCUGCCCUGGGACCAUCUGGUUAAAGCCCACAGUGGGAUAGUUGCUCUGGACUCUGAGGAGUACAAGUCUGUUCCUUGUAAAGUGGCCGCUCUAGUGACAAGAGGCACUGAAGAGGGUCAGUUUAACGUGGAAAGGUUCGCCUCUCGUGGGGAGAUCAACAGCAUGUCCCCGGCGACUGUGAUGGCCCUGGGAGCCGCUCAGCUCGCCCUGGAGGACUCCGGGUGGUCCCCAAAGUCCCCAGAGGAACAGCUCAGUACAGGGGUGGCUGUUGGCAUGGGCAUGGUGUCGCUGGAGGAGAUCGCUCGCACCUCUGCUGCCUUCCAGGAGAAGGGCUACAGCAAAGUGAGCCCCUUCUUUGUGCCCCGCAUCCUUGUCAACAUGGCUGCUGGGCACAUAAGUAUCAAACACAGAUUAAAGGGUCCCAAUCACGCGGUGUCCACAGCAUGCACCACGGGGGCACACGCCGUAGGCGAUGCCGCUAGGUUCAUCUUGCACGGGGAUGCGGUCGCUAUGGUUGCAGGGGGAACCGAAUCAUGCGUGGGGCCUCUGUCCAUGGCUGGGUUUGCCAGGGCGCGCGCCCUCGCCACCAAAUGGAACGACAGCCCCAAGCUGGCGUCGAGACCCUUCCAUCCAGAGAGAGAGGGCUUUGUGAUGGGCGAAGGAGCCGCGGUGCUCCUGCUAGAGGAGCUGGAGCACGCAGUGAAGAGGGGAGCCCGGGUCUACGCUGAGGUGCUGGGCUAUGGGCUCUCAGGGGAUGCCAGCCACAUCACUGCACCCACUGCAGACGGGGAUGGGGCGUUCAGGUGCAUGUCUGCAGCCCUCAGAGAUGCUGGCGUCUCACCGGCAGAUGUAACAUACGUGAACGCUCACGCCACGUCCACGCCGUUGGGUGAUGCGGCCGAAAAUGCUGCCAUCAAAAGGCUCUUCCAGCAGAGCACUGAGAGCAUGGCAGUCUCCUCCACAAAGGGAGCCACAGGACAUCUGCUCGGAGCGGCAGGGGCCCUGGAGGCAGCAUUCACCGCUCUGGCCUGUUACCACGGGGUCCUGCCCCCGACUCUCAACCUGGACCGCACCGAGCCAGAGUUUGACCUGAACUACGUUCCCUGCACAGCGCAGCCGUGGCGGACCCGGGGCCGAAGGGUCGCCCUCACAAACUCAUUUGGAUUUGGAGGCACCAACGCCUCGCUGUGUCUCGCCAGCAUCUGAUGAAAGACAGAGACUAAUCUUCUAACCACAUAAUCUAAAUCACAUUGGAUCCUUUCCUCUUUUUCUGGUGUGAUUAGAGUUUAACUGGCUGAAUAUUCAUCAGUACUGCUACUGGUCGUUUGUGGAAAAUUUUUAUGAAACAAUAAUGUGAAUUAAGUGAAGAUUCCAUAGAAAUCCCAAAUUUCCCUCAAGAUCAAUAAAGUUUUCUUCAUUUAUCUACAAGUUUGGAUCCUUAAAACUUGUUUACAUAAAAACAAAACUCAUGGUAGAAGUAUGGUCUCUAUGUGGAGAAGCUGCUUUACAGUUUGGCAUGGAAACAGAAAAUGUGGGUGUUCUGUAUUGUGUGUUUUGCUGCUCUUCAGUAUUUGCAGAUUGUGACUGCAAGAAUAAAUCUGGUUUGCUAAAGUA